AUGCGGCGUUUCGGUGCACCGCCAUGGUAUUCUAUGAGCACAUAUUCAUUGAAUAUUAUACCAGAGGAGCAUAUUCCACCAGUUGAUUACGAUCGCAAUUUCUUAGAUGCAAUUCAAGAUGAAAACGGAUCGAACGGUGUUGGUGGAGAAUCGCUGGAUCGUCGUGGCUGGAAUUCAAACUCGACCAAUCGUACGACUUUGACUGCGUCGGUACACAACAAUAUGAUAAACGGCCGUAUGUCGUCAUCGAGCCAUAAUUUGUCAAAUCGGAGCGGCUCCACACAAAAUCUCGCCCAACCAACAAACGUUUACGGCUUCCCGAUUGUCCCUUCCGCCUCGAAUACAUCAGAUACGUCGGCGCCGCAGCGAAUCGCGAAUCUUCUCUCUCGACCAUUUCGCACAAACCCGUUGAAGCGUACAAAAAGUGUUAGCAAAAUGGAAAAGACGUUGGCGGAAGCAAAUCAAAAUAUUCCUCAAUGCUUAACAACGACAUCAACUCCGCAGCCAUAUCGAAAACCGUUUGCAACCAUGUUUAAUCGCUCAUUCCGUGUCCCAAAACGCUUCGUCGAUAUUCCGUUUUGCGGUUCAGAACGUAUCGCGAAUAUUAGUCAAACGGCAUCCGAUCGAUGUUUGACGCGCGUUCCGACUGGAAUUGAGUCUUGCUCGACAUUAUCGAAUCCAGGAAUGCAGUGCUUGUCACCCAAUCGCGAGGUGAAACCCAAUGCGAAUCCGCGGCUCGUACGUGGAAGAAUUGUUUAUAAAUCAAAACGCACACUUCAUAGAGUGGACGCCACUCCAACACGUACACCUGAACCGAAUAUUUCAAUGGUGCCGUCCACCCGUCGGCAUUUGAGUACACCGGCGCGAGAAGGAAGUUUGAGAGCGUGCCGUUCCCACGAGUCUCUUCUCAGCACCUCGGCAUCGACUCAUAUGAUCGAUCUCGGAGACGACGCCCGCCUUCAUCCGGUUCAUCCAUCGGUUCUCGACGUGCCCAACUGCUUCCGAGUUGCCAAUACCUACUACGCUUGCAGAACUCCAUUGGAACGCGCCAAGUGGAUGGAAAAUCUUCGAAAAACAAUGAACCCGCGGCGCGACUGCCAGCGACGAACCGAAAAUAGUCUUCUGAUUUGGAUCUUAGAGGCGAAAGGAUUGCCAGCAAAAAAGAAAUAUUAUUGCGAACUUUGUCUUGACAAAACCUUGUAUGCCAGAACAUCAGCAAAACCGAGAUCGGACAAUGUCUUCUGGGGAGAACACUUUGAUUUUUCAAUGCUUCCAAAAAUUGAAGAGAUUUGUGUCAGUAUCUACAAAGAUGGCGAUGGCAAGAAAAAGAAGGAUCGAGCGACUCUUGUCGGAAUAGUGACCAUCACAAUGGAUCAAUUAUCUGGUCGGAAUCCGGUCGAACGAUGGUAUACAGUUAAUACUACUAAUGAGACAAGCAGCAGAAUUGCAUCUGCGCUUGGUGCAAAGAGCAGCUCUCAAGAUCAGCCAUCCCUUCGAAUCAAAGCUCGUUGGCAAAGUGUCGAGGUUCUUCCAAUGAGAGCCUAUGAUGACCUUAUCAAUUUGUUGUCGUAUAGCUACUUGCCGCUAUGCGAGCAGCUCGAGCCCAUUCUUAACGUCCGAGUGAAGGAGGAUUUUGCUACGUCUCUUGUUCGUGUGCUCUACAAGCAGAAUCUAUCAAAAGAAUUUUUGUGCGAUUUGAUCAUGAAGGAGGUCGAGCAACUUGAGAACGAUCAUCUUAUGUUCCGCGGAAACUCAUUGGCCACUAAAGCGAUGGAAUCCUUUAUGAAGCUUGUCGCUGAUGAGUACUUGCAAUCGACCCUUGGCGACUUCAUCCGAUCUGCUUUGGCAUGCGAAGACUCUUGUGAAGUUGAUCCACAAAAGCUUGGAAAUGUUUCCAAUUCAACGCUUGAAAAGAAUAGAGCGAUUUUGAUGAGAUUUGUAGAGGUUGCUUGGACUAAAAUUUUGAACAAUGCCCAUCAACUACCAUCCGAAUUGCGGGAAGUGUUCUCAAUUCUUCGCUGCCGACUUGACGCCCAGAACCGUGGAUCCCUUGCGGAUACGUUGAUUUCCUCUUCGAUUUUCUUGCGAUUCUUGUGCCCAGCAAUUUUGAGCCCAAGCCUGUUCAACAUUGUUGCUGAAUAUCCAUCAGGAACCACUUCGCGCAACUUGACCUUGAUCGCCAAGACUCUCCAGAACCUUGCCAAUUUUACCAAGUUUGGAGGCAAGGAACAUUAUAUGGAGUUCAUGAACGAGUUUGUCGAAAGGGAGUGGCAUCGAAUGAAGGACUUUUUAACAAGCAUCUCAUCUGGUCCAAGUGGAAUCGAAAAGUCUGCUGAAGCCGUUGUCGAUCUUGGCAAAGAACUGAGCUUGUUGGCAAUCUAUCUUGAAGAAGCGUGGACACCACUUCUUCAGGAGAAAAAUUCGACAAACAAGGCACUUUGCGAAGUGAAGCCAAUUCUCGACGAACUAGCGGCAUGUAAGCGGCGACCGGAUAGCAGCUUCCAUCCACCAAUUGUCCAUCAACCGUCGUCGGACUACGAAAACAGCCCACAACAAGUUACAAUGCCACGCAACGAAAAUGUCCCGGCGUAUCGAAGCACGCCGCCAACUGGACAGGCAACAAUUAUGGGACGUUCGAUGAAUCGCCCAGCCACGCAUCUCCUGACUGCCGAUGAUUAUGUCCUCUCAUCCGCGUUUCAGACACCAACAACGCAUAAAGGAGUCCGAUUGAGCGAUGAAACUGGAACAUCGUCAAGCCGCACCAGCGAUAAAACAACAAGCAGCGGCGAAGUGCGAGAUGAUACUGACUCGGAGCUCGAACUUCAUAAUGAUCGUAAUCGAGGAGGACGAAAUCGCAAACGGCUUCCAAGGGCGGACUCAUCGCCUUCCAGCAGCAAGCCAGCGUCGAGUGGCUACAUGAGCAAUAAUGCUUCGAGCUACUCAAACUCAUCAAGCUCAUCCCCAGUUGAGCGAAUGGCUGCGCUAUCCAUUGCAAAUCCAGUGUUCGGACCAGGACCGUCGGGCUACAACAUUCCAGAGGAGCCAAAACAGGUUGUCAUCCCGACAAACUUCCAGAAUCGUCCAAGCCCGCCGCCAUAUGAUCCGGAAAUGCACAGUUAUCACUAUCAGCCGGUUUACGCGGUACCGCCAGAUUGCGAUGUCUCCCCUAGGACCACCUCAUUGGCAAAUCCGAAUAAAUUGAGCCUUCCCCGAACCAACCCACGUGCAUCCAGAAACUCAACACUUCAUCGUCCGACCAUCGUUGAUGUUCCAGACGGCUGGGAUCGUAACAACGAGUUCUGGCAAGAACGUAGCAUUGAGCAGCACAGACAACAACAGGAAAUUAUUGAGAAGCAACAACGCGAAAUUGAGCGUCUUCUCCGUGAGAACGAACAACUCAAAAAGCAUAUGUCAGUUGCUAACAAUUUUACCACCAAGACGGAGUCAAAGAGAUCGGACAGCGGUGCUAGUGAAGACUCGUACGACUCAUUGAGCUCAUUGGAUCGUCCAUCCCGAAAAUCGCUUGUAGUCGUACCUCACUAA